AUGCAGCAUGUGUGUCAGUGUGCAUAUGCGAGUUCCGGUCUUCACUCCUUGACUGCCGUCUUUAGCGUGCAUACGUUUGGUAGAAAGUUUACUUUGGAUUUGGAACUAAACAGGGGUUUGUUCGCUCAGGGGUAUAAGGAAGUGCAUUUCAAAGCUAAUGGUGAAAGAGUUGUUCAGACACAUGUUGAUCACUGUUAUUACCAUGGCUCUGUAAGGGGCAUGUCCGACUCACAUGUAGCACUCUCUACUUGUCACGGUUUAAAAGGUAGUUUCGGCUAUGGACUUGAUUCUGACACUCACUUUUAUGUCGAACCUCUGACUGAAGGCUCAGCAGAAGAUGGUCAUUUCCAUGCCGUAUACAGAGGCAGUGACUUGUCGGAUGCAAAUGUGACUGCAACUUGUGGUGUUGGUAACACUAGUCAUAGCUUUAGUAGUCAUCGUAUUGUGCAAGAAGUGAGGAAAAAAUUUUCUCGGAUUGAAAGAGAUGUGCACACUGAGACAAAAUAUAUUGAACUGCUCAUUGUCAAUGAUUAUCGUCAGUUUGUGCAACGUCGUACUGUAGCUGCUACAGGAGAUCGAGCCAAACGUAUUGCUAAUUUUGUAGACUCGGUUUACAAGGCAUUGAACACUCGCGUAGCUUUGGUGGCAGUCGAGACUUGGAACAAUGGUGACAAAAGCACCAUCACAUCCAGUCCUGACACAACUCUUGACAACUUUAACGAAUACAAGAAAAACACUCUUCGAAGUGUUUACAACCAUGAUAUUGCAGAGCUACUAACGAACAUUGACUUUCAGGGCUCGACUGUUGGAUUGGCUCCAGUUAAGGGCAUUUGUACUGCUGGUAGAUCAAGUGGUAUUAAUCAGGAUACCAGCACUGUGGAUAGUGUUGCUGCCAUUAUGGCACACGAAAUGGGACAUAAUCUUGGAAUGGCACACGACGAUGGACGAAGCUGUACAUGUUCACAAUCAAACGGACAAGGUUGCAUUAUGGCUGCAGUGAGUGGUCCGACUCCUUCAACCAAGUGGUCUUCGUGUAGCGCCUCAGAUUUGAGAGAUGCACUGGACGAUGGCAUAGGGACUUGCCUUUUUAAUACACCUACUCAGCUGUUUGGUGAUCCUGUGUGUGGCAAUGGAUUCAUAGAGAAUGGAGAGGAAUGUGACUGUGGUUCAAAUGCGGAGUGCGCCCUGAAUGAUCCUUGCUGCACCCCAGGAACUUGCAAAUUGAAGUCAACAUCACACUGCAGCACUGGAGAAUGCUGUGAUAAGUGCAAGUUUAAGUCGGCCGGCAGUGUGUGUCGUCAGUCUGUCAACGACUGCGAUCUAGAAGAACACUGUGUUGGCAAUUCGAAGGACUGUCCAGAGAAUUUGUACAAGCAAGAUGGAAUUACGUGUGACAACAACAAUGCGUACUGCUACGAUGGCCAGUGUAAUACUCUUGAUAAACAAUGCAAGUAUCUUUGGGGCUCUGGUGCAUCUGUUGCAAAUGAUGUGUGUUAUGAUACGGCCAACAAACGAGGUGAUCCGUAUGGACAUUGUGGUGUUACACCGUCCAAUGUCUAUAGAAAGUGUUCAACAAGUAAUGUUCAAUGUGGUUUGCUGCAAUGUCAAGGAGGUGGACGGUUUCCAGUUCUUGGAGGCGGAGCCACAACAAGAACGAUUCAGUACACAAUUAAUCGGCAGGUGUAUACAUGCCAGGGUGCUUCGGUUGAUCUCGGAGAUGAUGCUCGUGAUCCAGGCUUGGUAAAUGAUGGAACAAAGUGUGGAGAUAAGAAGAUUUGUAUCUCACAUGUUUGCACUGAUAUUGCGUCUCGGAAUAUACCCGCUUGUCCAAGAGGAUCUAAUAGGCAAAUCUGUUCAGGAAAUGGGGUGUGUAACAACCUCAAUAAAUGCUCAUGCAAUAAUGGAUAUUUGCCUCCUACAUGUGCAAGCAAGGGAACCGGCUUUGCAAUUGAUGGACAGUGGGGUUCGUGGUCUCGUUGGUCAUCGUGUAGUCGUAGUUGUGACGGAGGUGUCAGGUCUCGCUCUCGUUUCUGUGACAAUCCUUCUCCCAGCAGUGGUGGUCAGUCGUGUUCAGGCUCUAGGACAAGCCGAGAAUCUUGCAACACAAUAGCAUGUCCCAGGAUUGUUGAUGGGGUAUGGAGCAGUUGGAGCAGCUGGUCUGCUUGUAGUAAGACGUGUAAUUCUGGUAUUCAGUAUCGUUCCCGCAGCUGUACAAACCCUUCUCCACAAAAUGGUGGGGCUCCAUGCUCAGGGAGAGCAACAUCAUCACAAACUUGUAACAGUCGAGGUUGCCCAGUCAAUGGUGGCUGGAGUGGUUGGAACUCAUGGUCUGCAUGUUCAAGAACAUGUAAUACUGGAAGCAGAACUCGUACUCGCAAUUGUGACAAUCCUCUUCCUCGAAAUGGAGGCAGUAGUUGCACAGGCAGUUCAUCACAGCGUCAGUCGUGCAACAGGCAGUCUUGCGUAGUUGUGACGAAUGGACAGUGGAGUACAUGGUCAAGAUGGCUCCCAUGUACAGCAUCAUGUGGUUCAGGCACUCAGUCACGUUCUAGACAAUGCAACAACCCACCACCUCAGAACGGUGGGACACGAUGCCGUGGCAGUUCCACAGGUCAACGAUCUUGCCACGGAGCAAGGUGUCCAAGAAAUGGUGGCUGGAGUACUUGGGAGAAGUGGAGUUCUUGUCCUGUAUCUUGUGGUGGUGGCUAUAGAAUACGUACUCGAGCUUGCACCAAUCCGUUUCCUCAGUUUGGUGGUGCAGUAUGCCCUAACGCUGAUGCUAUACAGCGCUCACUGUGCAAUACGGCAAACUGCAAUUUAGUCAACGGUGGCUGGAAUGUUUGGAAGUCGUGGAGUACAUGCUCUAAGUCAUGUGACACUGGAACACGGUCGCGAACUCGUCAGUGUGACAACCCUAGACCUCAGAAUGGUGGAAGCAAUUGCAAUGGCAGGUCGGGUCAGAGACAGUAUUGCAACACUCAGUCAUGUCCAGUUGUAGAUGGGCAGUGGAGUAGGUGGUCAGAAUGGUCAGAAUGUUCGAAUUCAUGUGGACAGGGUACUCAGACACGCUCACGAAGGUGUGACAGUCCGGCACCAAGUAAUGGUGGCUCGACAUGCAGAGGCAAGAACACAGACACUCUGUCAUGUAUGGGAACACAAUGUUCACCUUGGACUUCUUGGUCACAAUGGUCUAUUUGUGAUGCAAGCAAUUGCACAAAGUCUCGCUCCAGGACAUGCAACCUGCUAACAGACGAUUGUGCAGGAUCAGCUCUGCUCCACACCACAUGCACACAAGCAGAAUGCGCCGAAAGCCACAACAGGACGUAUAAUCCGGAGACAGGGAAGGCUGGUGGUGGCAAUACUGGAGCUAUUGCUGGUGGUAUUGUAGCAGUGUUGGUCAUCAUAGCAAUUGUUGCUGUGAUUGUCUACUUUGUUCGAAGAAAGUCUUCUGGUACCACAACAACCGACUACUACAGCAGCUAUGCACCUGCCAAGACAGAUGACGACCCCAGAUACAUCAGUCACACUGGAUUUCAACCUCCGCCUCUACAUUCAGCCUCUUCACAGGAGAGGCUAAUAGGUGACGACAUAGACACAACAACAGACACUUUUGUUGACAAUCCAUCAUCAACUUCAACUCCAUCAGCACCCAAACGCAUGGCACCUAGACUGCCACCAAGUGCUCCAAUGGGUCAACCCUCUUAUUCUUCACAGUCCGCUCAUAGGGGUCCAUCUCGACCUGCACCUCCUAAGCUGCCAGUAAAGCCUUCAGCUCAAGCUCCUCAAAAACCCAUGAAACCUCCAGUUAAACCAGCGGCGCCUACAGAUGUUUCAGUUGGAAGAUCUUUUGUUUUACCACAGUCGGGUGACAGUAGCAAGUCUACUGAUGUGCACGAGAGGGUUAAACCUGCAGGAGCAGUGCCACUCCUUCCAGGUAUCAACCCGUCUCAAGGAGCACUCAAGAAAGCGAUGAAGCCUCCUAAACAGUGGCCUCCAAAUUGAACGAGUUGUGCAUGACAACGAUUGCAUUUGAACAGUAUGUAUGAGUUUGGGAUUCCGUUUCUUUAUUGAUCUCCUUAGUGUAGAAUUUCUUGAAUUCAAUUUGAAGUUACUAUAGAUAGUUGAUGUUUUGGAAGUCAUAGUUUUGACAAGAAUUGGAGAGGAUUUGGUGAGUAGACAAGACAUCUGUCUAGAAAAUUUACGAAUUGCAUUGCAUAUUUCAUAUUUUUAGUGAUACAAUGUGAUUUGAUCAUUUCA